GUCUUGAAAUUGAACCAAUUUGGUCUCAAGGUCUAGAUACCAGGCCAUAAAUUCCAAAAAAAAAAUUGAACCAAUGAUUAAUGAUAUACAUUUGGCGCCAAUAAUUAUAGAGAGUAGAGACGCGGAUGCAUACUGUAUUUAUUACUUUAACUAUCAGUUUACAGUUAACUAUCAUUACUGAUUAGUGAUAACCUAGUGACUAUUAGUGCGAGGACUUUUAAAACAUGAGUACAGUGUUGUAUUUUGUUACAUUUGAACUUUUCAGUAAUUCUAUUUAAAAUGCUGUAAACUGCAUGGUGUUCAUUUAGGGAUUUCGACUGUUUGUUUCUGUCGUGUUUCCAGUAUUAUAAAUUACAAUAAACGUAAUAUAAAUCCAGAAACUCUUUUUACAGUGAUUUGUUUUUAUUUUCUUCUGUCAUCGUCAUCGUUGUCUUUUUAGUGUUACAAAAAAAUUGUCACAACAGGCAACCGUAUUACAUUCAAAAUUCAACGUGCUUAAAUGAUUUGUUUUGUUGCUAUAGAUAUGUUAAAAAUCUAAAUUAUCAAUAACCAGUGGAGAUAUCCAAACAAUAUCCAGUCCACAAUUUAAAAAUAAAAUAAAGAAAUAUGCCUGAAAUUCCGGAUUGCCUCGCUCGUCGCUACCGAGCUUUAGACGAGCUUAUCAGAGACUUGACAAUGAAUAAAAGCGGGUCCAAUAUUAACUGUUGUUCUGAUGACCCCGGAGUUAAAAUGAUGUGUAACUUCUGGAAUAUCUUAAAAGAGAAUCCAGAUUGUGAUCUAAAGGAAGCCGUUGAAGAGCGCUUGGGUAUAACUUCAACAAGUACGGGGAUCUUUCCGCAGCGUUGCCGUGAAGUUACUUGUUAUAUGGCGGGGUGUUGUAAGCGCGACGGAGAGGGUAAAGAACCACCUAAGCCUGCUAGAGUAACAAGUUGUUGUAAAUCUGGCCAAAACACUGACCCGAAACCGCCAAGUUGCCAACGAUGCAGUACGCCUAGUUCCGGGAGCGAUGCUUUACCCCUCAGCAAAGUACUCUGUAACAUAAAGGAAGCCGCAUCAUUUGACAAAAAGUGCCAAGCAAAAGUCAGCGAAUUAUUAUCAACGCAGAAGGAAUUGCAAGAACAAAUAGGUGUUUUGGAACAACGUGAAAAAGAAGGCCUGCAGCUACUAAAGCAAGCCGAUUGCAUGUGGACAUGUAUGGAGGCUUCGUAUAAGAAGAAAGUGGCCGAAUCCCUGGAGAGGCAGACAGCUCUUCUGAAACAGAUGAAGGAAAUCGAAGACAGUGUUCAGAAAUGGCGUAAAAAUAAAAAAGAAUUGGAAUUUCAAAUGGGUAACGUAGAUAAGUGUCAACAAGAAAUAAGAGAGAAAACUACAGAAAAAAGCAGCGAUUUAAAUUGCAUUAAUUUGGAAAUAGCUGAUUUUAAUAAAAGAAUUGAAAAUAAUAAAGGCGAUGUCGAGGCGACAAACAAAUCGUUUUCCUCGAAAAGGAGUGCUUCUUGUGCAAAACAAGGUAACAUAGCAAAUGAAGUAUCGAGACUGGAAAAAUUAGUAAACGAGGAAAAACGUCGAAAAAAAGCCAAAGAAGCCGAAGGAAGCAAAUAUAUCAAAGACGCCAGGGAAGAUUUGCAAAGACUGUGCAAAGUAUUAUUGCAAAAGAAACUCGAAAAUGAAGAUAUGAGUGCCGAGAAAGAAGCAUUACAGUUAGAAAUCGAAAUGUUAGUUCAAACAUGUGAUCAGUGCAAGGACAAAUGCAGGAACAAACAGCAAAACAUAGAAGAUGAGAUUCUAGCUAUAGACAAAGAGAUAGCUAAUUUCAAAGUCCGAUGUAUAAGAUGUCACGAAUGUACCGAUACUAUGGAUAUGAGGAAGUUUUGCACCGAUUGCCCGAGAUGUGCCGAAGAGAGAGAUUGUUUGCUCGAAGGUGAUCAUUGCGUACCAGAUCAUACUAUGGACUGUGUGUGUAUGACGGUCAAACAAAAGUUUUUGGAUAAUGUCUUCGAGAAUAUGUAUACAGUCCUGGAACGGCAAUCUAGGACUGGACCAGGGAAGGCAGUGGCCGAAGCGGUGAUGAAUUCUCUAAAGAAAAGUCGUAAUGGAAAACUGAAUGAUGCAACACGGAAGAUAUUGCAAGAUUUCAUUUUGAAUACGGUGAAGAAGAAUUUGAAUUUGACGAUCGUUGGGGGAGCUGUUAAGACUAGAUGUGAGAUGGAUUCAGACACAUACAAUCAACUUAUGCUUUGUUUGAAGCAAAUCAAAGUUACCAGACCCGCUAAAGCAGACAAAGGGACACCUACUAAGAAGGACCCAUGCCGUCGUUGGCCCAAUUCCAGCGAAUGUAAUUGCCCCAAUGGACCAAAGGAGUGCAUCUGUUCAAAGAGAGCGCCGCCCGCUGCCAGAGACCCGCCAUGUCCGCCAGACCCCGAUGAUGCGGAUGCGGGUGAAGAAAUAGCUUGCCCACAUAGAGACAACGCCCCUUGUGGGCCGGAUUGCGGUGCGCAUACGCCGAGUCGCGUAGCUGCAGAAGUAGCGGCUUGGAAACCGAACCCUUGUCAAGGUCCCUCAUGCCAAUUGAAGAAUAUGAGAGCUGCUCAAUGCGUCCUCGGGCCUGAAUCGUUGUGUUCGAAGGCAAAUUUGCGUAACAAAUCAUCCGCACCCAUUGCACCAAGUAUCCAUAGUUUAGGGAAGUCCUGUCAAUGCAGCCACAUAUCACGAAAGGCAUGCGCUUGUCACAAAGAUACAAAACAACUGAAACGCAAAAAUAGAUGCGAUAAAGAAAUUAGUACGGUACUACAAUUUCCAUUUAGUGACAAAAAGGUAGUGUUUAGUGAUGAGGACUUGAUCUAUGAAAUUGAACAUAUUGUAUCAACCAAAGCAUUGGCUAGGAACAAAUCAGAGUCUACUUCUAGUUUUUUAACAAAAAAACGUAGUGUAAUUAUAAUAGACAACAUCAAGAAAACCGAAAAUACCCUAAAUAUUGACAAGGAAAAACAAAGAAACAAAAAGGAAAGUUCUGUUAAUACUUCAAAUAAUAAAAAACAUAGUACAAAUGAUAAAGACAUGAAGGUUUUAAGCGAAGAACGGAAUUUGAAUGUUGUGAUUCACGAUUCAGAUAAUGAACUAAAAUGUGUUUCGCCAAAAUUGACUAAAACACCAUCCGGAAAUCUAACAAUGGCUUUAGAGGAAAAUAUAAUUCAAUUGAUUGACUCAAAAGUUAAAGAAAAUGUCGAUCUAUACAUUAAUCUAAGGGAGGAUGACUCGGGAUCUUAUUCUAUUGAUUUCAGCAGUAGUGAUCUCGACAAAAACGCCAAAAAAUUACUGGUCAAAAGAACUCCUUCGGGUAACUUAAUCUUGGAUAUCAAGGAUAAAAAGAAAAACUCACAAUCACUAAGAAAUAAAAAAACAAUUAGACCAAAUAAGACGUCUAAAAGGGCGUUUAAAUCGAAAAAAAUACAAAAGCUACCACCGAAAGAAAUCGUUGAUAGUUUUACAGGAACUUCUGCAUUGUCUAACAAAUGUUCUGGUGAAUUUAAAUCAGACUUAUGCAAAGCAACCCUAAAGGGAUUAAAGAGAGUUAUAAAUGAACCUAUUAUUUUACGCCGUAGGGGUUCAGGCAAUUAUGACAUAAUUAUUGAUAAAGAAUUCGAAAAUUGGUACAAAGACGCUGUUAAAUGUUAUGAAGGCGAGGAAGAGGCAACUUGUGUCAAAGUUUUAGAAAAAAGUUGUGGUAAUUGUAUUAUCAGUUUUAUUGACGAAGAGGAUUCUGCAUAUAAAAACGCAUGCAUAUCCAAAGAUUAUAGUGGGAAUUUUAAACUUAUAAUUGAUUGUAAUGUCAAACAAAAUUUGUUGCAAAAGCAGAGUUCUAUUAUAUCAUCAAAAAUUUUCGAAAAAAUACUCAAUCGUGAAUCAGUUGAUUAUGAGAAAAAGAAAAGUAACGCAACAAAAAAAAGAUUUAUGCAAUAUAAAUCUUGCAGUGAUUCUAAUAUCUACAAUGAUUUACGGAACAAUCUCUUUUCACAACUUUCUUCGGGGACAUCAGCUAAAUUGACCAAAACUAAUUCAGGUCAGUAUACGGUUGUCUUAGAUAAGGAAUCAAGAAAUGCACUCAUAACAAACUUACGAAAAUAUUUCUGUGGUUCUACAAAAGGUUCCAUACCAAUAAACAGGGAUGAUAAUGGUGAAAUUUCUAUCGCAUUAAACAACAGAUUAAAUCAAGCAGAGUACGCUUCAUUGUCAAUUUCUCCAUCAGGAAGUAUUUAUGUAACGGUAAAGGAUAAUAAAAAAGAUCAAAUUGAUAUUUCAACAAAAUUAAGUUCACACUGUGACAUAAGAUGGGAUCAAUUUAUUGAUGAUGUUAAAAAUCCAUCUGUAAAGGGCAUUUCAACACACUGCAAUAAUCGAGAUGACGGGAAUUGCGACAUGAACAAAUGUGUGUGUAAAAAUUUGUGUUAUAAAUCAAAGCGAUGGGUUGUUGACGCAGAUUCUACAAGCACCGAAGGUGGAGUCGUAUGGAAUCGUGAUUCUAACCGUUAUUCGGCAUUGGAUUUAAAAGAUAAUCAGUGCAAUGGAACUAUUAUAAAUCGUCAUAUCGUUAUAAAACCUCGUCAUGAAGAAACACCGAGAAAUGAUGUCUAUGAACACUAUAAUUGUUACUUAAAUAACGUUUGUCCUUAUCAUGUAUCGAGAUAUGAGAGAUUGUCAAAUGAACUUUUAGAGAUAUCUGGAAUGUGUCCUACCGGACAGUUCGAGAAACACCCGAGUGUAACUGAAAAUUUAGUAAAAGAACAGCUGACUAUUUUUAAUACCAUCCAAAAACCAAAUGAUUUAUACAUAUCCAAAGCAACCAAGCAAUACAAUUGGGACUCUAUUGACUAUCUUCCUCAUCAAUUGCCUACAUUUCUUAAGGCUUUUACUCGCACUGCAUAAAUCGACAGUGUGUUUAUGUAAUGUCUUCUGUUUCGCAUAAAAAUUGUAACUGUAAACAUUAAGAAAAAUAAAUAAUGAGAACUUUACUAAUAUA